GAAAGCAACCCCAGUUCAGUUUCUGGUGCUGUGCUUCAGGGCCCCCUGAGAGUGGGACAGGAUCCCAGAGAACGAGGUUCUGGGCCGGCCUCUUUCCUUGCUCUGUUGGCUGGCGGGAGGAAGCGCUCGCCAGCUGGACGCCCCCUCCCCCUCUUCUGCCUCGCUGCCACCCCCACUCCGGCUGGAAUCCAGCUCUUGCAUUUUCAACUGUUGGGUUUAGCUCUUGGGGACUUUUUUGUGUUUGUAUAUUUCUUCUUCAUUCUCCUUUGUUACUCCGAAAACCCUUCCAGAACUGGAGGGAGGGACGACUCGGUUCUCAUGGGAGGCAGCUGCCGCUAAGUACCCCUUCCUCAGCCCUGAAAGUACUCGAGGAAAAAAAAAAGGCUCCCCCUACUCCCCACUCCGACCCGUUGCCUGCUUUCUCUCCGCUGUAGCCAGUUGCUACAGCUCGGGCUUCAUUGAUGCUUAACGGAUGUGCCUGUGGCCUGGGAUUGAUCUACAACAACAGGUCGUGCACAAUGCCCCCCAUCAGUUUCCAGGACCUUCCCCUCAACAUCUACAUGGUCAUCUUUGGCACAGGCAUCUUUGUCUUUGUGCUCAGCCUCAUCUUCUGCUGCUACUUUAUCAGCAAACUCAGGCACCAGGCACAGAGUGAGCGGUACGGAUAUAAAGAGGUGGUGCUAAAAGGUGAUGCCAAGAAGUUACAUUUAUAUGGGCAGACUUGUGCUGUCUGCCUAGAAGACUUCAAGGGGAAAGAUGAGCUUGGUGUGCUACCUUGUCAACACGCUUUCCACAGGAAGUGUCUGGUGAAGUGGCUGGAAGUCCGUUGUGUCUGUCCCAUGUGCAAUAAACCCAUUGCUGGCCCCCCAGAGGCCACUCAGAGUAUUGGCACUCUCCUGGAUGAACUGGUCUGAAUACAAACUUUUCCCUAGGACUCGGACAUUUAAAUGCCAAGUGCCUGCCUGGUCGAUUCUUAAAACUGCAUGGCCCACAGUGUGGCAGGUGCUCCUUGGAGGCUAUCCCUUUAGCUAGAAAGAGAACAGGCAAGCUGGUCCUUGCCCUUCCUUAAGAGGGGGCAAAGUCCAGAGUCUCCUCCUCCUCCUCCUCUCUCCCCUCUACAGUACUUUUGACAUCUCCUUCCCUGCUCCUCUACCUUGUAGGUGUCACUCACAGGUCAGGGCUGCUGGGUUGUGGUACCAGACCUUCUGCUUUGUCCCUGGCUGUAGAGAAAUUAGGCAUCUCCUGACACAAUGAAAGGUAUGAGUCUGAGCUAAAAAGGAUCAGGGGCUAUCAGGGAAAUCAAGGCCCAUUACUCUUCAGGGUGACCAGGACUAGGCAAGUCACUCACCCCACCCAGGCAGAAACUUCAUUAGAUUCUCACUGUUGCUCCCUGAUGUGUGUAUGGGGAAGGAGGGCAGAAACAAGCAAUGGGGAGGAAGGGAUAAAGCAGACCCUGUCCCCCUAUUGUUAAUUCUCCCUCCCUCUUUCCCCACUUACCUUCAAGCAGGUGUCUGGAUGAAAGAAGGGAUAGAAGGAGUAAGGCCCAGGUUGGGAGGUGGGGAUGGGGGGGUGGUAGAUAAAAGGGGAGUUCUGCCUAUGGCAGAGAUGGUGGAGGGCCAGUAGGCUACCUCCAUAUUUUUUUUUUAAAGUUAAUGUUUACAUUGGACCUUCAGAAACAGCAGCUGGCUGGCUGAACUGACAAAAUGUAGGAGCAAGCACCCUGCCCAGAGCUGGGAUCUGUGGUGCCACCAGCUUCUUAACCUGCCCUUUUCCCCACUUCCCUUAGUUACUCCUAGAGCUCCUUUUCCCACCCUCCUGGGUCCUGAAGGGUUUGGUGCAUCUGCCAACAGAAGAUGCAUUUACUACAACCAAGGUGAUUUCCCUGGGGACAGAUGAAAGUUGGUGUUUCCUGAAAGGGAAAAAGGGGUACGGGGGUGCAGUGCUGAGGAGGGGAGGAGUCUAGAAACCUUGGUGGGACCAGAUGCCCUUUUCUCCUUUGUAAAUAGUAUUUUUAUACCUUAGUCUCCUCACCGUCUCAGGCUCUGUACAUGGGACACUUGGGGAGUCCCAUUUCUCCCCAUAGUGGGUGGGGGGUGGGAAGAAGGGUGUAUGUAAAAAAAAUAAAAAAAUAAAAGCA